CACACGGAGACGAAUCUUGGAACAGUAGUAUAUCUUUUCAUCUUCUCCUCUUUUUUUUAGGGUAAUCCAUGUCGGGGAACACCAAUUGCACCGUCUACAUAGGGAACUUGGACGAGAGAGUGAGCGAUAGGGUGUUGUAUGACAUCUUGAUCCAAGCUGGGAGAGUAAUCGAUCUACACAUUCCUCGCGAUAAAGAAACCGAUAAACCAAAAGGCUUCGCGUUCGCAGAGUAUGAGACUGAAGAGAUCGCCGAUUACGCCGUCAAGCUCUUCUCCGGUCUUGUCUCUCUCUUCAAUCGAACUCUCAAAUUCGCCAUAUCUGGACAAGACAAAGCACAGUCAGGUUCCGGUCACAGGACAAGACCUCAUUCUCUGAGUUUCGAUCAUCACCAUUCGGAGAGAUUCUCAUCACAGUUGAUGUCUUCACCUUCUCCCAUGCCUCUUGAUUACACUCAAGAGCCACCUCCGCCAGGGGUUUCAAAUGGAGCCGGUUUGGAGUACAGUAGAAGGGUUCUGAGUUCGGCGCUAGAUAUCAACCCUCCAAGACCGGGUCGCUACUGAACUAGUGAGAGCACACUUUUCUUUUGCUUUUUGUUGUUGUUGUGAUAAAUUAAUAUGAUAAUCAGUGUGUGUCUUGAUUCAUCCUGAAAAGAAAGAAAGAACUAGAGUGAGAUGAAGAAGAACCCAGUGAUUGUAAUCAUCCAAAGAAGUUUAGUACCACUGAUGUGAACCCAAGUUAAUGGAAUUACAUUUGCAGGUGCAUUAGCCACCUUUUAUUGAA